CAACCGCGGCGCAUCAUCGCGCCUGAACCUCGACCCUCUCCACGACACCCGCCCACCGCCGCCAUGAACCUGACCGCGUACUCGGACUCGGAGUCGGACGGCGACGCGCCCGCGCCCGUGCCGGCGCCCAAGCCUGCGCCCAAGACGUUCCAGAAAGUCGUCGACCGCGCGAACCCCGGCCGUAUAAAGCUCAGUCUGCCCGGCGCAUCGUCAGCAAGUGCUCCCAGAGACGACAUCGAGUCCGAAGCGCCACCAGCGAAAAAAGCGCGCGUUGGAGGGGGCGGCCUGGGCGGUUUCAACUCGAUGCUGCCUGCGCCCAAGAAGGCAAAUGUGAAAGCACCCGCCGCCGCAACGCCAGGGAGCAGAGGCCUUGGAAAGGGACUGGGCGCGGGCAUCAACCUGCGGACUGGCGCAGAGCCGGCUUUCAAGCGGGAGCCCAAGCUCGAGCUGGAGGAGUACGACGAGCAGGGCAAUGUCAUCAAGAAGGAGCCGAUGAACAAAGAGGACUUCAGAGCCAUGUUGAACCUGCCAACCCCCAAGUCAGCGCCGCAGAAGUCGCCAACACCAGACUCGCCUGCACCAGCCCCAGACGCUGCAGAAGGUGCGCCGCCCAAGCCAGCAGCCCCCAGAUUCGUUCCCAUGUCCGUGGGCAAGGGCAAGAAGAAGAAGCCUGCUGCUCGGCCAGCCCCAGCCCCAGCGCAGGAAAGCAAGCCAGCACCUGUCGAAGCUCCUCCUCCGAAACCAAAGGUGUCGUUGUUCGGCGUCUCACAGGAAGCAGAGGCGCCGACAACAAACCCAGGUGGCGCGUACCAGCCGAUCAUGUACGGCUUUGAUGAGGACGAAGAAGACGACGACCAGGCCGCCGACGAGACCUUCAACGCCCAGCCUGCACAUCACCCCACACAAUACGCACCCACACCGGCCGCGCCCAACGAGCUCACCAACAUAGCCUCCGAGCUGAACCUCUCCGAGGCCGAGCGGCGGCAGCUGUUUGGCAAGAAGGGCCGGAACGCGCCCGACUUCUCCUCCGCGAAGAUCGUCCAGUUCAACACAGAUACCGAGUAUGCCCACAACGAGCUGCUGCGGCAACAGGGCGAGCAGGCGCAGCACAACCCUCUUAAAUCCAUCUCAGGCACCGGAAAGAACAGUCUCCGCAGCCUUGUCAGCAGUGCGACGACGCAGAAGGACGCGCUCGAGGAGCACUUUGCCGCCGGUUACAGGAAUAAGAAAGAGGCCGGGAAUAGGUACGGAUGGUGAUAUGGUAGUAAUCAUUGAGUUCUGGCGACUCAGUCGGACUCCAAUAUUCUGUCUCUGAAGGUAUUGCUGACAGUCGCCUUUUUCUUGCUUCUGACCUUGUGUUUAUGUGAUGUGAAGAUUUGGGUCGUCUUCUGUUUCAAAUUCCAAGUCUCUCAAUCUCUCAAGCACAUCCGUUCAUAUACCUCUACUCCUCGUCAUGGCAUCUCUGUCAAAA